AUGGGUCCAACAGCUACGCCCAAGCCUGUCGUAACAUAUACGUAUACUACUCCAACCGUUACUUAUGCUGGAGGCUUCAAGUUCCCCUUUUCUAUUCCAAACUUCCAUGGUGCUGGUACAUACACGCUUAGCAUUGGUUCAGUAAUCACUGUCAACAUAGACGGCUCUUAUGGAUUUACAUCGGGUGGACUUCCUUCAGUUUCAGGCGGUGGAAGCAUAACAUUUGCGUUCCCAUUCACUAUUCCCAACUUUGCUGGACCUAGCUCCUACACAGUUAUUCCUGGUAACGUGGUUUCGGUUGGUUCGAAUGGUGCUUUCUCGUUCCUUACUAGAGGCAAUGGAAAUGUUGCUGGAACAGUCUUGUUGCCUGGCAUCUCACUGCCGACUAUUACUCUUGCAGGAGGUAUCACACUGCCAAGCUACAGUGGCCCUGGAAUCUAUACAUACUCGCCCGGCAAUGUUGUAUCUAUUGGUGUUGGUGGAGGUGUUACAUGGAUUCAAGGUGGACCUCAAACUACUUCAGGCGGUGGCUUCACUUUCCCUACUUUCUCGUUCCCAGUUAUUACCUUCCCCAGUAUCACCCUUCCAACUUUGAAUCUGGCUCCUUUGAACCUCGGUGGUGGCUUUACAGUCAAUGGUGGUCCUGGUAUUUACAUUUAUUCUCCUGGCAAUGUUGUGUCUAUUGGUUUGUUUGGUGGCGUUACAUGGAUUCAAGGCGGUCCUUCCACUGCUCCAGGUGGUGGCUUUACGUUCUCUACAAUUUCAUUCCCUUCGUUUGGCUUCCCAAGUGCAACAUCUGUACCAGCCGGUAUCACUUUUCCUAGCAUCACACUACCCACAUUGAAUCUGCCAACCAUUAGUUUGGGCAAUAACUUGAAGAUUUCGGCAUACACUGGUGCAGGUAUCUACACAGUUGCUCCAGGCGUUUCUAUUUCAGUAGGAGCAAAUGGUGUUCGCACGUAUCUUGGCAAUAGUGGACCAAGUGGAAGCACUGGCAGUAGUCUGACGCUUCUUGCGCUGGUCUUGCCAACCAUUACGCUUAGUGGUGGAAUUCCUGUUCCUAACUUUAGUGGUCCUGGUCUGUAUACUAUAUUUCCUGGUAAUGUCGUGUCGAUUGGUGCGUUUGGUGCAGUUACUUGGGUGCAAGGUGGUCCUCAAUCUCUCGCUGGUAGUGGCUUCACUAUUCCAGGAUUCACUUUCCCUACGGCAACAGCAUCUGCUACAGCAGUUCCUCCUGGCUCUACAGUGAUUGGUGAUGUCACGUUCAAGUUUCCCUUCAACAUUCCUGGAUUCUAUGGCCCAGGCAUCUACAUUUUGAGUAUUGGUAACGUUGUCCAAAUCAACAAUGACGGCACCUACGUCUUUAUCUCGGGUGGGCCUCCAGUGAGCUCGACGACUGCAUCUCCCAGCGUAAGUUUGAGUCAGCCUGUGGUAUAUCCAGUGACAUUCCCAUCUAUCGGUUUGCCUAUUGUCACCUUUCCUACUGUCAACGUUCCUGGUGGAUCUGCUAUCCCUGGAUUCACGGGCGGUGGUGUUUACUCAGUUGGAUUCAAUGUCGUUUCUGUUAAUACUGAUGGUGCUUAUACCUACCUCUCCGGUAAUGGCUUCCCAACAUUGACGCUGGCUGGUGGAGUGAAGGUUCUUCAAUACACUGGCCCUGGCAUCUACACCAUCUCUCCAGGUAACCAAAUUUCCAUUGAUGCUAGUGGUGGCGUUCGCUGGAUCUUGGGUGGACCUCAGUCUAUCAGUCUUCAACCAACAGUGGCUCCUCCAGUAACGUAUGCGACGGAAGUAUCUUUGCCAACUAUCACCUACCCCGGACUAGAUCUUCCUACUGGAGGUAGAAUUGCAACUUACUCAGGCCCUGGUCUCUAUACACUGAACGCUAAUACGGUUAUGUCUUUGGAUGCUAGUGGUUCCUACUCUUACACCCUUGGUAGCAGCUUCUUUGGCAUUAAAGCUGGGAAUGUGAGACUUCCUACUUUGUCAUUCCCUCCUAUCAGUCUCCCUGGAAACUUCAUUGUAGCUACAUUUACAGGUCCUGGUACUUACACCGUCAGUCCUGACAACACAAUGUACAUUAACGGAGCAGGCAUUUUACAAUGGAUUCAAGGUGGCCCCAAUACUCCUACUGUGACAGCAGCUCCAACUUCUGCCACUGCUCAAGCAUCUGCCCAAGGUUUGACAACAACGAUUGGCGGUACCACUUUCAGCUUUCCUUUCAAUAUUCCUGGAUUCUAUGGUCCUGGUGUCUACAUUCUCUCUGUAGGCAACGUUGUUCAAGUAAAUGCUGAUGGUGCCCACUCAUUCAUCUCUGGAUCUGCUCCUGUCAUCACCAAGGCAGCCACAAAACUCAUGAUGGCAGCCUUACCUAGUCAACAAGUGUCAGCAUCUCAAUCACAAUCUGCCCCAAGUGAAGGAUUUGUACUUCCGGGCUUCUCUUUUUCUGCGUUUUCUCGAAGAGCUGCACCAUCAAACCAUUAUCACGAUUCAUCAUUUAGCAACGGCGCAUCAUUAAGCUUUCAUCAAGACGCAGCAAGCGAAUCCCAAUCCGCAGGAUUCUUGGAUCAUAUUCUUGCUCUUUUUUAG